AUGAGAACAGCCCUUUAGCACAACCCUGGAAGGCAAGGAGCCACAGUCCUAGCUGGAAAGGCAGAGGACUAACUAUAUUGUUCUGUGGUGCUGGUGGUCUCUUGCCACUCGGCCCUUCCAUGCAUCUGUAACGGAGCAGGACAGCUUGUUUCCCAGCCUCUGCUGGCACAACGGCACUCAGCUAUCACCUUUUUAUUUUUCAGAAUAAUUUUUUUAAGUUCUGGCAGCACCUCUGUAUUUUACAAAAGACAGAAGAGCUUUUGUAUUAGGGCUGAGAACUGCACAGAUGCACACGGGCAGCAGAGUUGCAGGACUUGAUCUCCAGAGGUCCUUCUAACCUCAGCCACUUGAGGUAUUGCUGGAUAAAAAUGCCAGGGGAAAGGUGCCAAAAGUGGAAAGCCUUCGUCUGAAAACUUGCACUUUGCUCUGGACUUACCUGCCUAUCAGAUUAGAAAAGGAGGGAUGGAACAAUCAUUUGAGCAUCAGCCAGGAACAUAGAUUCAGAUUUCCACCCUGCAACCAGCUUCCUGAACAGGCCUUGGUAAGGAUUCAUGAGUCCUCAUUUCAGCCAAGCUUGGCUGACUGGGACAGAGUCCACAGUCAAUGGAGGGAAACCGGCAACCAUAGAGAAAUGAUUAAUUCCAGCUCUCUCCGAUACCUAUGUUAAGGUGACAGGAAUUGCCUGCUGCAAGCGCUCUCCACUCCCUGUGGCCAUAGCCUAAUGCAGUCACCUAGGCUUCAAUUACCGGACUUAAAGGUGAUUAAAACUGGGCCAGGUGGAGUCACUCUCCAGCACAGGUGGACCCUCAUUAGCAUAACUACAUCCAAGACUAUAAUGAUGGUCACAGAAAGACCUCAUCUUUCAUCAGAGGAAUAUUUUCGGCUGUUCUUUACCCCCUCAAGAGAUGCCUCAGUAUAACAAUUGUGGAGAUGAAUGCCAUAGCUGCUGCACCUGAAAUGGUGUAAUUCUAAACCACAUCAAUUUGCUGUUGAUGAAAUACAAACACCGCUUCUUGUUCUUCACCUCCCCUGUAUUGAAUUUUCAUUAAAUGCCAUCCCCUGUGACUGAUUCUUUCAUCUGUUCAGCGUGUGUGAUGAGGAUCCAACACAAGCUGCCCCGUUAGUAAUAAUGGAAGUCUCCAUCCUCAGACCAGCCAGGCUGCCUUCAGAUGAGUGGUGACAGUGUUGAAAAUCACUAACGAAGCCCAAAACAUGCAAGAGAACCCUGUCAGCUGAUAGAGCUUACGCUGCUCUCCUGUGCUGCCUCCAAUGCUUAUUACAUCUCAAACAUUUGAAGAUCAUUUUAGAGGAAUAAACUAAGAAUCCAGGGUUCGUGGACCUCACUGACACCUGAAACACAAGAACCUUAAAACUGGUAGGUUUUGUGGACGUAAAAAUAUGAGUUUAACCAACAGGUCUCUUGGUCAGCCCACGACAGUGAACUCAAACUAUGGCAGGUGAAGUCCAUUCCCCUCGUCCACAUCUGCUAAAGAAAACCACCACCAGAGCGCUCGGCUGUGGGCUCACACCCUGACCACACUCAGCCUUAGGAACAAGCAAGGUCAUCCAGAUGACUGUGUUUACUUCCAAGGUUUUAAUGACAGGUGGAAGGAAGGCCUUUGGGAGACAAGAUGGCCACUUGUCAGCUUUUACAGACCAGGCCCAAGAAAAAGCCCUCUAAGGAAUCACUGUUGUUCCCCGACAAAAUCACUACGGAGCAGCAGUCUGCAGUGCUGGUAAAAAGGCUCCUGGCCACCUCCGUGUCCUGUAUCACGUACAUGAGAGGGCUCUUCCCAGAGAGCUCUUAUGGAACUCGCUAUUUGGAUGACCUCUGUCUAAAAAUUCUCCGUGAAGAUAAAAGCUGUCUGGGAUCAUUGCAGAUAGUCAAGUGGAUCCAAGGUUGUUUUGAUGCUUUGGAUAGGCAGUAUUUACACGUUGCUGUCCUAGCAAUUUACACCAAUCCCGAGGAACCGGAGAUAGUGACUGAACUGUAUCAAUUCAAAUUCAAGUACAAAAAUGAGGUGCCCCAGAUGGACAUCAGCAGCAACCAAAUGAACUUUGUGAAUGGAGUGCGCAGUGAGGACAUUAAAGAGGCCAGCAGGCUGCUGAUCCGGAAACUGUACCUGUUAAUGCAAAACCUCGGCCCGCUUCCCAACGACAUUACCCUGACCAUGAAACUCCUCUACUACAAUGAUGUAACUCCCGAAGAUUACCAGCCCCCAGGCUUUAGAGAUGCUGGCAGCCCUGGUGACCUGUUUUUUGACGGUGAUCCUGUCAACCUGAGAGUAGGGUCAGUCUCCACCGGCUUCCACCUCAUGAAAGUUAGAGUGACAACGGAAAAGGAAAGAAUGGGCUCAGCUGAAAGCAACCUUAUCCAGAAGAAUGGUCCUACUGAGAUCUCCCAUCAAGGGUUGGACUGUGAUGAAGAGGAAGAGGAGGAGAGCACGAAGAAUCAGCCUCUCCCUGUCAGAGCAGAUUCACGUGAGUGUGGAGAGGACGGAAGGGACUCCCAUCCUGGCUGGAAAACGGAAACAUCUUCUGUUUGCCUUCUGGCUACUGGUGGAAAGAAGAUGGAAAUAAAGGAGACUGGCAGGAUGCUUCGCUCAAGGGCAUCUCAGCAGAUAAACUACCUGAACCUUGCAUUUAGCCAGGAAGAGGUAACGAGACCCAAGAAGAAAAGGAAGGUCAGUGAACCAGAGAAGCUGCUUCUGGAAGGCAGGAAAUGAUGUUCAUCUGACACACAAUACAUUUUGGAAGGUGUGAGUUUGCAUUGUCAUCUGACUAGUAAAGACCUUUACUCUCUUCCAAUACUUAACUCUUCCACAUACCACAUGUAUUUCUGCAUGGUUAUUUGUCUGGUACAGAUGUUGGAUUGCAAAGAGACAGCAGCACCACCACUGUAGCGACAGUGUCAACCAACAGCACUUGUUUGAUGUUCUA